ACGUCACGCGCAAAGUUCCCACGACCCGGAUUAUAUUCGGAGCGAGAUUGAAUAUGCCUCAUAUGCGCCGUUCUCACUUAUAGGAGCGGAUGCUUGUUGUGUUUUUUGUCUUGAGUCAGAAACACAGUGACAGGCAGCUCAUUUUUCUCCACCGAGCUUCUGGAUCUGGGCGGACUGAUAUUGCUUGCGCGUUCUGUGCGCUCGUGCGUGGAUGCCGCGCUUUCCCGUCUUAUCGGGACUUCUGAACAUCUGGAUAUUAACCUGCGUUUUUUGGGGGGGAACUCAGUGUGCUCGAUUUCCCCACAAAUAUGUGCGUGACCAUAGAGUGAUGGAAUGAGUGGGUGUGAUAAAGUGUAGCUCUCUAAGGGAAUUUACGCAUCUCCUACCCAGCACAUAAAGCUCUGCUGUAGGAUGCAGGGAUGAUGCCCAUUCGGCGUGUGAAGGCUCAGCAACGUGUGUGGCCACUGAGCACAGAGCCUCCUCCUUGGGUAUGGACAAUCCCAAGUGCUGCAGGACUGUGUGCUCUGAGCUCAACUCCACAUGCGACCCUCCUUACCUCCGCCCGACCCGCUCCUCCUCUGCGUGCUGUCACCAGCUGGCAGAUCUCCUGUGAUCCCUUCUUACCGCCACUCAUCAGCCCACUUCCAAUGCCAAGUGUUCAGUGGGAGCUUACAUCUAGACCUCCCAUGCUUGGAUUUCAGCCUUCUACGGGUGUUGAUUUGGUCCCUGUGUUCCCUGUUGUGUAUCGCACCGUACUUCACCCACACUACGGCAAGUCCUGGGUGGAAAAACGCACGCCUGACUACAAGGUUUAUCUCAAUAAUGCUUUGGAGACCUGGAUUGGGCCAGAGGAAGUGGGAAUUUUUCAACGUCAGGAAAAGCCAGUGUUAAUGACAAACCAAGUGGCGAUGAGCAUAUCGAGGCCAGCAGCUGCCUCCAGGAAUUUUCACACUUUGCUUCUGACACCCAGGCGAAUUUCAGGUUGUCCAGUAGCCAUAAAACGAGUGCGGAGCAACAAACGGAUGGCUCUGACAACAGCAGCGCUUGUGGCUAUGGAAUCAGACAAAGCACAGAGACUGUCGUCUUCCUCAAAUCACCCUCUACAUGUUCUCUCACUGUCACCAAUUAAGAUCCCAUUUCUGACUUCACCCAACCCAGGACCUCGAGGCUCAUGGGAAAGUCUGCUAAGUCCUGUUCUGCCCACACAGCUCACUGCUGUGCGGUCCCUCUCUGCCCCUGCUGUGACCCUUCUGACUGGUAACUGGAAAGAUAAAAAGGCUCCAGAAAAGAAACUGGAAGUAAAAAAACCAUCCUGUACAGGAGCAUUGGUGGUGCACUCCAUGCCAGAAGACAAAGUGGAGGAAGAGCAGUUUAAGAUCAGCAUGGACAUGGACAGCUCUCCUAAAGACAAACGGCCAGUUGCCUCCACUCCAGUGCCAGGAUCACCAUGGUGUGUGGUUUGGACAGGAGAUGACAGGGUUUUCUUCUUCAAUCCCACCAUGCAGCUGUCUGUAUGGGAGAAACCAAUGGAUUUAAAAGACAGAGGAGACCUCAACAAAAUAAUUGAAGAUCCUCCACAUAAACGCAAGAAAGAGUUGUCAGAGGAUGGCUCAAAUUCCCUCUCAGCUGAUGAUGAGGAUGAAGACGAUGAUGAAGGAGACCAUAUUUCAAAAUCGAAACGCAACAAAUUGGAAGAGCCGUAUAGUAAUUCUGCAUCUGGUAGUGAGGAGCGGAAUACAGAGAGGUGCACUGCGUCCAAUCAGAUUAUCCUACCACUGGAGCUGCGGAUCACACGCUUCAGAGAUAUGCUCUUAGAGAGAGGGGUGUCUGCAUUUUCAACAUGGGAAAAAGAAUUACAUAAAAUUGUGUUUGAUCCACGUUACCUGCUUCUGGGACCGGAGGAGAGGAAGCAGAUUUUUGAUCAGUUCGCCAAAGCCAGGAUAAAAGAAGAAUAUAAAGAAAAAAAGAACAAACUCCUGCAGGCGAAAGAGGAGUUCAGGAAAUUACUUGAAGAGUCCAAAAUUACAUCCAAGUCAACUUUCAAAGAGUUCUCAGAAAAGUAUGGCCGAGACCCACGUUUUAAACGUGUUCCCAAGCAGAAGGACCAGGAGCUGCUUUUCUCCCAGUUCAUCAGUGGGCUCAAGAAGCGUGAUAAGGAGAACCGAAUGAGGCUGAGGAAGAUGAGAUGAAGUUUCAGCAGACUGUGAAAUAAACUAAUUUGUUUUAACAGAAUGCCUUUUUGACAGGAAUCAAGUCAAACUGCACAAGGACACAUUAUGCCACUGCAUCUGACUAAGUAAAUAAAACCUAUUGCAGGGUCUGGAGUUUUUAUCUGAACUCUGGAUAUUCAGAACAAAGCGCACAAACAGCAAAAGCACCAGAGCCAGCCGGGUUCAACUUUCGAGGUGGUUUAAUUCUGAGACUGAUCUGUUUCAUAUUGAAGCUCUAAAAUUCAAUGUUGCAAGAUGUCAUAAUUAAAAAAAUUUAUUUCAAUAAAUAGGCAAACUGUACUGUUGGAAGCCAUUGACCUGAGCAUACAGGUAUCAAGUGUUUUUUUUAAGACUGUAAAUACAUGUUGACAAAUGCGCGCUGUAACAAAGUUUCGUGAAAGUGUAACGUCGAGUAUGUGGAGCGUCACAGGAGAAUAUCUGAUUCUUUGUGAGAAUCGCCGUCAUGUUUUGGUUGAUUUUGUUUAGGGUGUCAAAAGUGUUCAUUGUGAUAAAUAAAUAAAAAAAUUGUGAGUGUU